CUGUUUGUUUGUCUGUCGCAGAAUAUACUGGUUUUGUUUUUGUGCUGUUAAUAUGAGUUAUUUUAUUCUUUUCCUCGCACUAAUGCUGCUGCUCUGCCAGUCAAGUGCGAAAGUGUGCGACUGCCCGGAUUACUUCAGAUGCGCGUGCGCAACCAACGGGCUCACUUAUCGGAACACUUGUGUAAUGAGCUGUGCAGGCGCUACCUACUACCACGGCGGCACUUGCAGCGAUCCAAAUAAUUACAUUGAUUGNAUCAUUAUACGAGUACUUAUGUAA